GUGGAUGGAAGUCUGCUUAGUUGAAGAAUUGCCACCAACCACUGAACUGGAAGAAGGGCUCCGGAAUGGAGUUUACCUUGCAAAGUUAGCCAAGUUCUUUGCCCCAAAAAUGGUAUCAGAGAAAAAGAUCUAUGAUGUGGAACAAACACGUUAUAAGAAAUCCGGCCUCCAUUUUCGACACACAGAUAAUACAGUCCAGUGGUUACGAGCAAUGGAGUCUAUUGGUCUACCCAAGAUAUUUUAUCCAGAAACAACAGAUGUUUAUGACCGGAAAAACAUACCAAGAAUGAUAUAUUGCAUUCAUGCAUUGAGUUUAUACCUGUUCAAACUAGGGAUAGCCCCCCAAAUCCAGGAUUUGUUGGGCAAAGUCGACUUCACAGAGGAGGAAAUUAGUAAUAUGAGAAAGGAACUGGACAAAUAUGGAAUACAAAUGCCAUCUUUCAGCAAAAUAGGUGGUAUUCUGGCUAAUGAACUGUCAGUGGAUGAAGCUGCUUUGCAUGCUGCAGUUAUAGCCAUUAAUGAAGCUAUUGAAAAAGGAAUAGCAGAACAAACUAUCAUAACGCUAAGAAACCCAAAUGCAGUUUUAACUUUAAUAGAUGACAACCUUGCACAGGAGUAUCAGAAGGAACUCUGGGAAGCCAAAAAGAGAAAAGAGGAAAGUGCAAGACUGAAGAAUAACUGUAUUUCCGAAGAAGAAAGAGACGCCUAUGAAGAGCUGCUGACACAAGCAGAAAUCCAAGGCAACAUCAAUAAAGUCAACAGGCUGGCUGCAGUGAGCCACAUCAAUGCUGUCAUUCGGGAAGGCGACCCCGAGAACACGCUGCUUGCCCUGAAGAGACCGGAGGCCCAGCUGCCUGAAGUUUAUCCUUUUGCUGCUGGGAUGUAUCAGAACGAACUUUUCAACCUCCAGAAACAGAACGCCAUGGUGGCCAAAUUUAUGCAGAAUAAGAGCAUCAGUUUCUCCAAGAAGACUAAAAAGCAAACUCUUCUGUCCUACCGCUUUGGGGCCAUUCUCUCCACAGACAAGUGUUACACAAAUGCACUAUUCACCAUGAAGCUGGAAGCCUUAUCCCAAGGGCAAGAGAAUUUAAGCUGGAAUGAAAUUCAGAAGUGUAUAGAUAUGGUGAAUAUUCAAAUUCAAGAAGAAAACGAUCGAAUCGUAGCUGUAGGGUACAUCAAUGAAGCUAUUGAUGAAGGGAAUGCUUUGAAAACUUUAGAUACUCUGCUCUUACCUACUGCUAAGAUCAAAGAUGUGGAUCCAGACUGCGCCCAGCACUACCAGGAUGUUUUAUACCAUGCUAAAAUGCAGAAACUCAUGGACUCUGAGAUUGUUUCCAAAGUCCUUUGGCUGGAUGAGAUACAGCAUGCGGUCGAUGAGGCCAACAUGGACAAGGACAAAGCAAAACAAUGGGUUACCCUGGUCAUCGAUGUCAAUCAGUGUUUGGAGAAAGAAAAGCCAUGUGAUAUUUUGUCUCAUUUGAAGUCUUCUGUGUCUAAUACAAAUGACAUAAUCCCUGAAUGUGCUGACAGGUAUUAUGAUGCCCUCGCGAAGGCAAAAGAGCACAAAUCUAAAAGUGUGUCUACUGAAGGUUCAUGGCUCAAACUCACCCUGCAGGAUAAAUAUGACUACUACUACAACAUUGAUUCAAAAGAGAGUUCCUGGGUCACACCUGAAUCAUGCUUGCCUAAAGAAUCAUGGCUCAUGGCAAAAGAAAUUGAGGACAUUGUUGAGGAAGUCACAAGAGAUUAUGUUCGUGAGAAGAUGUGGUCUGCUUCUGAAGAUUUGCUUCUUCGCUUGGAAGCCACAAGUGCAGGACCCCUUCUUAGGAAAGAGCAUGAAGCUAGGAAAUCAUAUUUAUAUGGACAAGAAGAGCAGGUGGUCAAAAUACAGGCUUUUUGGAAGGGACAUAAGCAGCGGGAAGCAUAUAUGCGCAGACGGCAAACAUUCAUUGAUAAUACUGAAAAUAUUGUGAAGAUCCAGUCCUGGUUCCGGAUGGUGACAGCACGAAGGAAUUACCUUUCACGACUACAGUAUUUCAGAGAUCAUAAAAAUGAAAUUGUGAAAAUACAGUCACUAGUGAGAGCGAACAAGGCCAGAGAUGAUUACAAAACACUGGUUGGCUCCGAAAACCCACCACUAACAGUGAUCCGAAAAUUUGUACACCUGUUGGACCAAAGUAACUUAGAUUUCCAGGAGGAGCUGGAGGUAGCACGGUUAAGGGAAGAAGUCGUGACCAAGAUCAGAGGUAAUCAACAGCUGGAGAAAGACCUAAACCUGAUGGACCUCAAGAUUGGGCUCUUGGUGAAGAACAGGAUCACGCUGGAGGAUGUAAUUUCACACAGAACAAAGCUGAAUAAGAAAAAACAUGGAGAAAUGCAAAUACUGAAUAACACUGACAGCCAGGGAAUUAAAAGUUUAAGUAAGGAGAGGAGAAAAACACUAGAAACGUAUCAGCAGCUGUUUUAUCUUUUACAGACCAAUCCUUUAUAUCUGGCUAAGCUGAUUUUCCAGAUGCCACAGAACAAGUCAACUAAAUUUAUGGAUACUGUUAUUUUCACACUAUACAAUUAUGCUUCCAAUCAGCGAGAAGAAUAUCUACUCCUCAAGCUUUUUAAGACAGCUCUGGAGGAAGAAAUAAAGUCAAAGGUGGAUCAGGUACAGGACAUAGUGACUGGGAACCCCACCGUCAUCAAGAUGGUUGUGAGCUUCAACAGGGGGGCCCGUGGACAGAACACCCUGCGCCAGCUCCUGGCUCCCGUAGUGAAAGAGAUCCUCGAUGACAAGUCCCUGACCAUCAACACAAACCCCGUAGAGGUGUACAAGGCUUGGGUGAACCAACUAGAAACACAGACUGGAGAAGCCAGCAAGCUGCCUUAUGAUGUGACCACAGAACAAGCUCUGACAUACCCAGAAGUGAAAAAUAAACUGGAGGCAUCCAUUGAGAACCUGAGAAGGGUCACGGACAAAGUCCUGAAAUCUAUCAUUUCUUCCCGAGAUCUACUACCUUAUGGAUUGAGGUAUAUAGCCAAAGUACUGAAGAAUUCGAUCCAUGAGAAAUUUCCUGACGCCACAGAAGAUGAACUAUUAAAGAUUGUUGGAAACCUCCUGUACUAUCGGUACAUGAACCCAGCUAUCGUAGCUCCUGACGGCUUUGAUAUCAUCGACAUGACAGCCGGAGGUCAGAUAACUUCCGACCAAAGGAGAAAUUUGGGAUCGGUGGCCAAGGUUCUUCAGCAUGCAGCCUCCAAUAAGCUGUUUGAAGGAGAGAAUGAGCAUCUCUCAUCUAUGAACAAUUAUUUAUCAGAGACCUAUCAUGAGUUCAGGAAAUAUUUCAAAGAAGCCUGUAAUGUCCCUGAGCCAGAAGAAACAUUUAAUGUGGAUAAAUACACAGAUGUGGUGACAGUCAGCAAACCCGUCAUUUAUAUUUCAGUUGAAGAAAUCAUCAGCACACAUUCACUCCUGCUGGAACACCAGGAUGCAAUUGCUCCUGAUAAACAGGACUUGCUGAAUGAAUUGUUGGAAUUGCUGGGAGAGGUUCCUAGUGUGGAAUCUUUUCUUGGGGAAGGAGCAGUUGACCCCAAUGACCCCAACAAGGCAAAUACACUAAGCCAACUCUCAAAGAUUGAGAUCUCCCUUUAUUUGACAAGCAAGUACAACAUAGGGGAUGGUGAAGCUGUUGAUGGCCAGAGCCUCAUGAUAAAGACCAAAAAGCUGAUCAUUGAUGUCAUCCGGAACCAACCAGGGAACACAUUGACAGAAAUCUUGGAGACACCAGCAACUACAAAAGAGGAAGCAGAUCAUGCCAGAGACAUGGAGAGCCGUGCGAUUAUAGAUUCCCAGGCCCCAGAAGAAAUGAAGCAUAGCCAGUCUAUGAUUGAAGAUGCACAGCUACCCCUGCAGCAGAAGAAGAGGAAAAUCCAGAGAAAUCUUCGGACUUUGGAACAAACCAGACAUGUGUCAUCCAAAAAUAAGUACCAAGACAUUCUCAAUGAGAUUGCCAAGGACAUUCGAAAUCAAAGAAUACAUCGUAAGCUUCGAAAAGCUGAAUUGGCAAAACUUCAGCAGACCCUGAAUGCACUUAAUGAGAAGGCGGCAUUUUAUGAAGAGCAAAUUAAUUAUUAUGACACCUACAUAAAGACUUGCUUGGACAACUUAAAAAGACGAAAUUCUCGAAGGUCAAUUAAGCUAGAUGGAAAAGGAGAACCGAAAGGGGCGAAGAGAGCCAAGCCAGUGAGGUACACGGCUGCAAAGCUGCAUGAGAAGGGGGUCCUGCUGGGGAUAGACGACCUUCAGACAAACCAGUUUAAAAAUGUUACAUUUGAUAUCAUAUCUACUGAAGAUGUGGGCAUCUUUGAUGUCAGAUCAAAAUUCCUUGGCGUUGAGAUGGAGAAGGUACAGCUCAAUAUUCAGGAUUUACUCCAGAUGCAGUAUGAAGGCGUAGCUGUAAUGAAAAUGUUUGAUAAGGUUAAAGUGAAUGUAAACCUUCUCAUCUACCUGCUGAACAAGAAAUUCUAUGGAAAGUGA